AUGGGUCCAGCUGCAGAACAAAAAACACAACUCAAUUUGAGCAUUAAUGGAAGGUUGGUUAGCAAUGCUACAGAGACAUUCGUUUUUUCUAAAAAGUACGUUCAUAUUAUGGUUCAGUCAUCAAUUUUCAAUAUAAUAUGUCAACGCAUGGCAAUAAAUGAAAAAGAAAUUUUAACAAGAAAAUAUGAAGGAGUACCAUAUUUUGUGGUUGCAAACGUUAAGAAGAUUAAUGAUUCCAUCAUAAACAUGUUUGCUUCUUGGUUAAAAGGAAUCAAAGACGCCAUAAAUAAAAAUUAUCUGAAAACCAUACAUUUGUUUUUAAAAAAUUCCAACAAUGAUGUAAUUGAAACUUACAGUCUAGGUUUAAAAUAUAAUACCGACCCAAAUUAUCAUAACCCUGAUAGGCGAACACCAGAUCACGUCAAAGUUGCCACGAAAGCCCUCCUAGAAGCCAUUUAUGGAUUGUCGAAACAAACAUUUAAAGAAGCUUCAAAUAUUUACAUUGAAUUUACUUAUACAGAUGAUACUCCUUUAAACUAUGAACCACCGGGUUUUGAGGCCGCUGAACAACCAUAUUGUUUGAAAAUAUCUGAAAAUCCAAUCCUGCUCGGUAGAAUAUCUACUGGAUUCCAUAAACUGACUGCAAGAUGCUCACAGCGUCCUUCUACGCGCCCUUCUACACCGGGCAACUUAAUGGUGAUUCAUGAACAUGAAAAAAUUAUCUUAGUAGAAGAAGAAGGAGAAGAGGAAAACGAAGAAAAUUCUAGGGAAUUAGAGAGUCCUCCAACUCCAGUUAUUGAUUUAACUAAAUCGGUUAAUGAUAAACAAAGGCCAGUAAUUGAUGUUAAUCCCGACAAUGAAGCAGAAAUUACUGCAAAGAAGACCAGAAGGCAGAAAAAUUUCAACACCAGUAAUAUUACUGUGUCUGAAAAUUACGAGAUGUCCAUGAUGACUCUAGAACCAGAAUCUGUAUCCGAUAAUAACAGUGUUGGCGCCAAUUUCAGUUGUAUAUGCAAGAUCAAGCUGGACUCCUCCAAAAUUGAACUGAUAAAUUGUUCUAAGUGCAAUAAGCAAUAUCAUGCAGCUUGCUUCGGUUUUAUGAGGCAAUCUCAGAGCGUGAAUUUUUCAUGUGUCGAAUGUGGUACUACAGACGACCAAUUAAAACGUAUUGGGAAAAAAAAACCAAAUAAUGAUGGCUAAAAUUAGGUUAAUAACUUAUUUCGCAGCAACGAACAAAGAAAUUCCAGAUGAAAUCCUAAAAUCUAUGAGCGCAGAGGAAGAAACGGAGGUGCUUAAAAGGAUAAAGAAAUACGGUAUUAUUCCAAAAUCGUCGAAAAAAGAUAUCAAAAGCUGCAAAUUUAUUCAGACCGAGGUGCGCAAACUCAUAACUUACCUGUUUAACGUUCAAGACGAUUCUCAGUAUCUUAAUUAA